UCCGUGGUUUUAAUUCCGGUAAGAUGACGACAUAUGUAUGCUGUUUAGCCUUGGUUGUUAUAACUUUAGGAGUGACAGCAAAUGGUCCUCGUCCGGCAAGGCAAAAUGCCAGGAAAAAUUCCAAUCGAGGCUCUAGAAUAAUUGGUGGAUCGACAUCGCAGGCACAUCAGUGGCCUUUUAUUGCCUCCAUUCAGUACCAUGACGGUUAUCAUUUCUGUGGUGGUGUACUUAUAGGUCAAAAAUGGGUUCUGACUGCUGCCCAUUGUACAGAGGGAUUAAAAUCUGGUGAUUUCCGUGUGGUACUGGGAGAACAUAUAAUUGGUGUAAAUGAUAACACAGAGCAGACCAUUAAUGUUUCAGUCAUACAUAAUAAUCCGUUCUACAACCUACAAGCACCUGAGCAUCUUUUCUACCUACCUUACGACCUAUCAGUAAUAGAGCUAGCACAGCCGGCAGUACUGAAUGGAUAUGUGCGGACGAUUAAUCUGCCAAACUCGUGUGUAGGGUUUGAUGGACAGAUAUGUAAGAUCAUCGGAUGGGGAAGAACUACAAGAGCAAGACAGACUGUCACGUUACAGGAAGGAGAUGUUAAUGUCAUACCAAUAGAUGUCUGUAGAAACACGUGGGGUACUUAUGUAUAUUAUGGAAGUCUCUGUGUGUUUUCAUGGGGAACAACUGCAUGUCAAGGAGACAGUGGUGGUCCUUUGGCAUGUCUUGGGACAGAUGGGUACACUUUAGCCGGGAUAUCAUCAUGGGGAGAUACAGACUGCGGUGAUUAUCCCUCCAUUUACACACAGGUAGCUGAACAUUUGGGAUGGAUCCACGAUAUCAUGGACUACCACGGUUCUUCUUAA